UCCUCCGCGAGGACCGGUACCUCCGCCUACUGCCGGUCCGCGGCCACCACCGGUGCCGGUUCCCAGGGCCGAGGUGACAACAACGCAGAGACCAUGGCCGAGGCAAAUGGCGGCAGCUCCGGGCUCUGGUGCUCAAAACUCCACUCGCAACGGCUCGAGCGCGUCGGCGGGAGAUGAUCGAAACCCACCGCGCGGUCAGUGGGGCGACGACGGAUGCGAUGCUUAUGGUGCUGGGUUGCACAGGGGCUCUUCCUCAACCGGUGGAGACCGAGGAUAUGCUCGGGUGGACAAGGGACAGAGUAACAAUGGUUUCCAAGGACCGACCGGGAACUUUGUCGAGGGAGCUCCCGGUCCCAACCGUGCUUUUCGCGGGCGCUUCCGUGGAGGUCGGGGCGGUAACCGCAGGUUUAAUCAGACUCGGUAUGCUAGGACGGCUACAGUGACGGAGGUCGCGGAGGGUGCAUCAGAGUUACCCCAGGUGGCAGUGGAGACGGUGCAGGCUUUGGCUUCAGUCUCGCUGCCUGAGCCUAUGCAGACUGAGGAUACUGUUUCCGAGCACGGUUCUGACAAGGUCGAGAGUGACAAAUUGUCUAAGUGGGCGGCUAAGAAGAAAAAGCUCACUUGUUUCCGGUGUGGGGAACCGGGGCACUUUUUGGUCCAGUGUACGGCGGAGCUUUGUGAUCUUUGCCGGAAGCCUAAUCACACAGCGGCUGACUGUCCUCUGAUGUUGGGGCCAAAACCAUCCGUCCAGAUAUACGGGGUGUGUUGCUCCGAGUUGAUGUUUUUUGAAUCUCCGUCUGCGGAACCUUCCGCGCCCAUAGUGGAAACCUCCUUCCCCGGUGUUGUGAAGGUGGUCCACGGGCCUUUGACUGAAGCACAGAUUAUUCAGCAGUUGAGAGAGCUAGCUCCGGGUAAUUUUCAGUGGUCAUUACUUAAGCUCUCUGAUAAUUCGUAUAAAGUGGACUUCCCUUCUAAGGAGGAUCAGGUGAGGAUUCUCAAGUUUGGUAUGAGCAGGGUCACAGGCACUAGCUUUGUGCUGGCGUUCGAUGAGUGGAAAAAGAAAGAACCACAGGGCACACCUUUAACUCAGAUUUGGGUUCGUUUCUCUGGUGCCCCGUCUGAUCCUUUGGACAGCUUUCUAGUGACAUGGAGUCUGGGGUCGCUGAUAGGUAAGACCGAGCAGGUGGAUAUGCAGUUCACUCGGGCUCAUGGGGUCGCACGGCUGCUAGUUAGUGUCGCCAAUAUUCAGUACUUGCCAGACGUGGUGCCUUGGACUUACGCAGGCGUUCUGUAUCAGUUGGACGUGCACUAUGAGGAUCCUGAUCUUUUCAAUGAGUUUGAGGAUGACAAUCCCAUGGACACUUCUGAGGGAGGUGGGGGUUCAGGUACCAGGGAUGACAAUGCUAAGAGUAAUGAGGAUAAGGCUUUGGGACCGUCGGGGCAGUCGGAGAAUGCCGACUCCACUCCUGUUGGGCCGUCCUCCACGAUACCAACUACCACGCUUCAGCUGGGUUCUCUUGGGGCCUUCUCGGCGCCGCCGAGAUUGUCGAGUGUUAGGGCUGGUCCUCCGAGUCCAAGACUUAGAUUAUGUGUGGGGAGGUCGGUCGACCACACUGAUGAGGUGGGGCAGCAGGCCCCGUCGUCUGUCCCUCGCUCGCCUUCGGCCAUGGCGAUCGUGGCGGAGCCGGUCGCUGCGGGACGAGCGGACUUGCAGGAGGCUAGACCUUCUGGGUCCUUGAUGUGGCCGGAGACUGGGGGCGGCGCGGCCCCACUGGAGAGGUCCCCGGAUGGCAGGGAAACGGGUGCGCAGGAGGCCGCCCUUUCUCCUGCGGUGGCACUGGAAGGCAGCCUGGUGGGUGCGCUUCCUGCGGAACCGGCAGCGCCUUUUUCUUUGGGCACGAGCAUCGGCGAGGUGGAUACUUCGUCAUCUCGGGUGGCUGCUCCGGCGGCUCCGGUGAUGGUCUUAGCGGCUGGGGGACGGGCAGGAGGCUCUUCCCCUAGCGCUACUUCGCGCGAGGAGGUCCGCGAGUUGGAGGAUUCGGCAUCUCUGGUGGCUGCUCCGGUGGCCUCGGUGAUGGCCACUGCGGCUGUGGGACGGGCAGGAGGCUCUUCCCCUACCGCUACUUCGCGCGACGAGGUCAUCGCGUUCGGUGGGAUCCCGGACCCGGUCUCUGUAGGGAGACGGGUCAGCGGGAGACUACAGGAGCACUCCGAUGUUGAUGACAUGCAGCUGAGGUGCGCGUUGAGAGCGGCCAAGCUGCGGGACGUCGAGACUACAACUGGUUAUCUUCAGGGCCACAGCGUUGAUCCGUAUGUGGUCGCUACUCACUCCGAUGGAGGACAGGGGGCAUUUGGCUACUGCGGUGGGAGCCCCACCAUGGUUUUAUCGCUAAAACAAAGCAAGACAGAGUUCCGCGCUGAAAGAGAGGACAACUUCCAAUACUCCAGCCACUGGCGCAUGAGGGGUCACGGGGUUCAUGGGCAUAUGGACUACGACGAGCGCUACGCGUCGUUCUUCAAGAGAGCCAGGCUGUUGGGUUUCGUGUUGCAGUUCAAGCGUCAGUCGCCGACGCUUGUCCACGCAGCUCUAACAGCUCUGAUUGACCGGUGGCGGCCAGAGACCCAUUCUUUCCAUCUCCCAUGCGGGGAGAUGACGGUGACCCUCGAGGAUUGGUCGAUGAUUACUGCCAUGCCGCUCGAGGGUCAUGCACUGACCGGGCGAGUGGAGAGGACCAACUGGCAGGAGAGGGUUACCACCCUUAUCGGUGGUUGCCCCGAGGCUAAGGGUAACCGUACAUCCGGUGUGCCGUUGUCCUGGCUCUCGGAGCAUCGGAAGACAUGCCCCGAAGACGCAGAGGAGACGACUGUGGAGUGGUACGCGAGGGCCUACCUGUGGUACCUUCUCACGGAGGUCGUGUUUCCAGACGCAUCCGGGAACUCUGCCAACUGGUCCUAUUUGUUCUUCCUAGCCGACUGGGAUGCAGGGUACAGUUGGGGAACCGCGUCUCUUGCCUACCUAUACCGUUCGCUUGACGACGCAACGCAGAGGAUAGGAGACAAGUCCAAUAUGGGUGGCUUUGUCUGGGCCUUCUCCAUUUGGAUGUGGGAGCGGCUGCCGGUGGGGCGUCCUGAGAAGCUGCCAAGACGCCCAUGGGGUGCCUAUAGCGAAGACGGCGACGAGGCUCGACACCCCACCGUAGCUUACGAGUGGGACAUUGUCAAACUCUACACGGGCCUAAACAAGACUUCGUACAAGACCUACACCAACGAGUUGGACGCUUUGACGCAUUGGCAGUGCAUCGUGCCCAUGAUCUGUGUGUACGCCGUCGAGUGGCACUUGCCACACCGCGUGGCCACGCAGUUUGGGAUUUUUCAACAUACCCCACCGGGCCAGCCCACCGAUACCGGCGGCCACGCGCUCCACUUGAUAAGCCGGCAGAAGAAUCAGUCGAUCACAGACUGGGGAGAGCAUCAUAAAACUCAUGUGACGGAGUGGAACCGACGGAGGUACAAGAAAGACGGGGAGAGGAGGGUGACUAACUGGGAUGCUUACGUGGAGCGACACAUGAAGUGGUACGAUGAUGGCCAGAAGCACCGUCUUCGUCUCAGGCCUCGGUGGACGGCGGAAGACAUCGCGGAGCUGGAGAGGGAUGACCCCGAGGAAGAGGCCUACCAGACCGGCAUCAGAGACCUGCACAGUGGAUUUAGGGAGUUUGCACCCCUCAUCAACAGAGUGUCUAGUGAGCUGAACAGAUGCAUCUUUGAAGCCUCAGAUGCACUAGGUGAUGCCCCCGGGAGCGUACAAUGUGAGGACAAAAUGAGGGGGGCGAUGAAGAAGUUCGUGAAGCGAUGUCGCGGGCUGGUAGGGCUGCUUGGGUGUGCUGGAACUGAGCUCGUUGAAGUUCAUCAGCCUGUAGCCACACAGGGUCACAUCGCCUCAUCGAGCCAUGCUCCCUCGUUGUCUAGGUUGGUUGAGGAGGAGGAGGAGGAGGAGGAUGCCACACAUGAAGAAAUGGAGGAGGAGGGAGAGAGCAAUGGGGAGGAGGAGUAUGAUGAAGAUUAUGGACCUCCAACAACUCAAUCAUCUCAAGCACCUCAGCUGCCGAAGAGGAAUCCGAAGAAGAAGGAUUUGCUGAGUUCGGACCCUUUCCAGAGACCGGUUCCUCAAUGGUCCAAGAAGAACACUAAAGAGACUCGUUCAAAGAGGAACGAGGAACGUGCCUCCAAGAGCAAGAGGGGAAGGAUGACUUAA